AUGAAUGUAUAUAGCUUCUCAGUUAUUGUAUUAUUCUUGAUUUAUCCGAUUAGAAGCCAACAGGAACUAGAUCUCAAUGACUACUCACGACUUAGGAGAGAUAUACUCAAAAGAAGCGCUGUGGUUGAUAAAGUGCCACCAGAUGUGUCCAACUCUAAGAAUGUGUCCAGUUUUGUUAUCUCUGUCUUGAUUUUGGAUGUUCUUAAUAUUGACGAGGUUGAGCAGAUCAUGAAUUGUAUCCUAGUGUUAGAAAUAUAUUGGAAAGACUCAACCUUACAGUGGAACCCUAUAGAUUUUAACGGUUUGAACUCUACUAAUAUUGACUCAUCGUCAAUCUGGCUGCCUAGGCUUGUGGUUUCUCUUGGUUCCAAAGACUCUCUUUACGUGAAUCUGGCAGAAGUUUUAACUUUGCAUUAUGACGGAAACUUGACAUCCUCUAGCCAUUAUUAUCUGUCCUUCAGGUGCCAUGUUGACUUCACCAAGUAUCCUUUCGAUCUUCAGAUUUGUGGAUUUGGGCUCUAUCCUAUGAACUGGCGACCCACACAAAUGAGAAUAAAAGAUGAGUUCUUAGAAAAUGAUGGAAUCUUUGACCUUACAGGUAAUUGGCAGUUGGUCAACCACUCUUCAAGUGUGUACAAAAAUGUAAAAUAUGGAGAUUUUCCACGAGUGGAUCUUACGGUCAAGAGGAGGUCAGUGUAUUACGUCAUUGUCCUGAUUUUCCCGAUGGUUCUCACCUCUCUUUUGGUGCCGCUUGUGUUUCUGAUACCUGCUGAGACAGGAGAAAAGAUGUCCUACUUGGUAGCCAUUUUGACUUCGACUGCAAUCUUUAUUACGUUGAUCAGUGAAGUGAUGCCUAGAGGCUUAACAACAAUCCCUUACCUGGCCAUAUUAUUAUUUGAAGUUUUGGUGGAAGGUUUAUGUGCCAUAUUGGCUUCACUUUUGGUACUUCAUAGAUACGUCCAGGAACAAAAGGUCAAAAAGUCACCAGCAACAACUGACAGCGUCCAAGAUGAGACUAAAUCUGGACAAGUGAGCCGAGCAGUAGAAGGAGACUCCGACUCACUUGCAUCCGUUAGAUCCUCAGAAAAGGAAACUAGAUCUAGAGUAACAUCUCGAGUACUGGAUAAAAUCUUUUUGGCAUGUUUCGGUUUCGGUCACGUGAUAUUUCUACUGGGCCUGUUUUGCCUGAGCGACUGGUUACAGAACAUAAAGUAAUUAAUUAGAAGACCAUUUAUACGUGGACAAGAUGUGUCCCCAUUGGUAGCUGCAGAGAUACAGGAGUCGCAUUGUCUUAGCGGGAUCACUCUUUACAUAAGGCCUCAACACUGACCUGCAACGUCACGACCGGUGGGCAGCUUAGAACCAACAGCUCGUUGCCACGUCGUACAAGCCUGUGUCGCCAUUGGUCUCCACUGCCCAUUGGCUGCGACGUUGCAGGUCAGUGUGACGAUUGGUCUCGGUCUUAAAAUGGUCCCGAGUUCGAAUCAUGAAGAAGACUUUUGGCUUGUUUUAAUAUUGUAAAUGUCUAAAGAGAUUUCUAGAACAAGUGGAGAUAAUUAAGUUUU